CAAUGCCGAUGUAAAUAGUAUAUUUAUCACAGAGAAUUUUGUUAAAUUCAAACAUUUGAAGAGAAAUCAUAUUUUGACCUCGUACGGAUAAUGUUGGUGCUUUAAUUUACGAUAAGAAAUAACAAUAUUCAGCGAUAACUGUGUGUUACCCAUGAGCACUUACCAAACAAAACGAAAAAAAUCGAGCAUAUUGAAAGCAUAAACAAAGCUGUCAAAUCAAACGCACCGUCAAAACAUAUUUUUUUGGUAAACUACAAAUUUAACGCUGAAAUCAACGAAUUUUACAAAAGAAAAUUUGAAUUUUUCAAUUUUAUUGCGCAAAAAUGAGUGCUAGUGGUGAUGUUUGUCAAUUAUGUUGCGAAGAGAGUCAACUUAUAAAAUGUACCGUGGAAAAAACCGAAUUUAUGGAAUUAUUUUGUCAUUUUGUGUUCAAUGAUACCUCUCAUCAAAUAGACGACAUAUGCGCCAAUUGCUUCCAAAAAUUGGAUGAAUUCGGUCAAUUUUGUCACAACAUUCGAAACAUUCAUCAAAGUCUUAUUGAAGUAUCGUUCGGACCAAGCAACCUAAAAUAUGAAGAACAUACCGAAGAACUGGACGAUGAAAUUGAAGAACAUAUCACCACCGAAGAUAGCGCUGACGACAAAAGCGUCUCCAUACUAAAAAUUGAAUCGGAUUUAGGCGGUGAUUUCGAUACGUUGCCCAGGCGGUUGUCGAUGACUCCAGAAAUUGUCCGAAAAUUACAAACUCAAUUACAAUUCACGGCCAAAGCCAUUGAACGUAAAGAUAUGAAUUUUGAUCGAAUUUCACGUUUUGUGCCGAUGACGUGUGUGGCAUGCAAAGAAUCAUUUGAGUCAUUCGAGGAUUGCAAUGAGCAUUACAUUGUCGCUCACGGUCGAUCAGCCUACUGGCAGUGUUGUAAUCUGAUUUUAGAAACGCCAUAUGAACUACUCGAUCAUAUUCGAUACCAUGAAAGUAUCGAUGUUUUCAAGUGUGCGGCAUGCUUGAAAUGCUUUCUAAGUUCAAACAAACUUAAAUACCACAUUCAUCGUUCACAUUUGCCAGUGGACAGUAGUUGCAUUAUAUGCGACAAAGGAUUUAGAAAUCUGCGACUUUUAUUCAACCACCACAAGAGUCACAUUCUUAUUUCGUGCCCAAAUUGUGACAAACAAGUAUCGGCUUCGAAUUAUGAUCAUCACAUUCGUACGUCACACGCAGUUCAGAUAAGUAAAAAACGAAAACAUAAAACCGAAAAUGUGGCCACCCAUAAAAUGCAACGGAAAGCAGAACGGGGAGAAUCGAGUGGAACAAACGAACGUGUAAAUUUGAAAGCAAAACAUACAAAUGUUGCGUCCCGAAGUUUCACUAUGAACUUUGAACCGAAUGACGAUGGUCUGUAUGAGUGUGAUGUAUGUGCAAUGCAGUUCAAGCAAAUUUCGCUGCUUUUCAGUCAUCGCAAUAAGGUUCAUGUUUGAUAACAUACAUGGGCACGGGAGGCAAGUUGAAGAGUGGGUCUUUCAAAAAAAAAAAAAAAAAAACUGGAAAAACAAAUGAAUUUUUUAUCCUCUUAAGGGAUAGCUCGGAAAAUUUAAGAUAAAGUGUUACACAUGCCCGUGUUCAUAUAUUUUUGAUCAUUUGUUUUAGAUUGAAUCAUUGAGGACCACUCAAAAUUAUUUUAAGCAUUAAUUAAGCAUCAUGUAAAAACAGCUUUUA